CCUCGCGUAGGCUAUGGCCUCGGCCUCGAGCACUCCGAGUCCCAGCCCCAAACCCUGACCUUAGCACCUCCAUGCGAGGGCAGCAAUGGCGCCCGCCUCCGUCGCCGUCUACCUCCCCUUCCGUAUCCCCCUCUGUCCCCGUCCCAUUCGCGGGAGGCUAAGGUGGGCCGGGGCAAUUAGGGCUUCGAGCAACACGAGCGGCAGCGCAGGUGGGGAGCGGAAGGUGGGGGCUCUGGAGAGGACGGUGGGAGAUCUGAGGGCGGUCGUCGCUUCCGUGCCCCAUGCUGUUGCUUCGAUCCGGAAAAACAUCGGUCCGAAUUUUGUUGCUGGUUUCUGUCUUGGCAUUGCAGUUUUGGCUGCUGCCGCAAGGCAGGUCAUCGUGAGAAGUGGAGAGCAUGAUAAUAGAGGUUCUGUUGCUGCUCUAGUAAGGCGUGGGCAGUUAAAAUCAGGGCAACGAGGGAUUGCAAAGCUCCGCACGUACGAUGAUCCGUUCAACAAUCCAUUAGUCAAGAUUGAUAAGGAUACUUCUACUGCUAAAAUGUUUGGAAAGGAGUACCGUUUGGCUCCUGUUAGUCUUACGAAAGAACAACAAGCAAUGCAUCAGAAAAGGAGAUCACGUGCAUAUCAGUGGAAAAGGCCCACUGUGUUUCUUAGAGAAGGUGAUUCCUUACCACCAGAUGUUGAUCCAGAUACAGUUAGAUGGAUUCCAGCAAACCACCCUUUUGCUGCUGCUUCAAGUGAAGUAGACGAGGAGACUGCCAAACAGAAUGUUUAUCAAAAGGAUGGUGUCCCAUCCCGUGUUAAAGCAGAACAUGAAGCAUUGCAGACAAGGCUAGAGGCUUCAAAUGAUGUUACAAAAUUCCCUUCCGAUCCAAUGAGUAUGCAGAGUAAUGAGAGACCACUGAGGUUAUCAGGUGAGCCAUCUGGGAGUCUUCAACGCUCAGAGUUUGACUCGUUGGAGAACCAAAAUGGACAACCAAUCAUCGACUCUGGUAAACCGUAAACAUACCUGUGAUGACAGUUCACAAUCCAAAAGAUUGGAAAGGCAAUAAAAUCCGUGUAUUGUGAACUCAUAGGUGGUAUUUGCUUUGUUGUGUAGCGUUCUCAAGUUUUAGCUGUAGAUAGACAAAUUUUAGAACAAUGGGAUCACCGACUUCACAUAGUAAGUGGUUAAUGCGGAGCAUCGCUAUAUGUGUUGAGAUGUUGUAAUUGGUUAUUUUCUUUGUCAGAAGCAUUUCAGAUGCGACCACGCACCCUGUUUGUCACCUUCUGAAGCUGGGAAAUGUACAGUAGCUUGGAAGUUUAAUUUA